UUUGGGUAUAAAAAUCUUUGGGUAAUUUUGUUCCUUACGAUAAUUAAUUUAAUUAUUUUAUUAGAAAAUAUUCAAUAAUUUUGUUAAAAAAAUGUUAUCAAUUUCUUUGCUGGUUCACUAUUUUUACUAUUUGAUUGGAUUUUUAUCCAUAAUUCCAUUACUAAUAUGGAUUUAUAUUGAAUUAAAAGAAUAUCAAAUAAAACAACGUUGUAAAAGACAAAAUCUUCCGUAUGUACGUUUGCCGGCAUGGAAUUUUACCGUAUUAUUUGGUUAUGGACAACGUUUUGAUUUGUUUAUAACCAAAGCAAUCAAUGAACAUGGUAAAAUAUUUGGUUUUAAUAUGUUUAAUCGUAUGACAAUUUCGAUUGCCGACCCGGAAUUAGUACAGAUUGUUUGUAAUCGUGAAUUUACUAAAUUUCCAAAUCAUCGUAGCAUGGUAACCAAUGAUCCAAUUUGGGAUAAUUUUCUAUUCGUAUUGAAUGAUGAAGAUUGGAAACGUUUACGAGCAAUUGUAUCACCAACAUUUAGUACGGGAAAAUUACGUAAAGUAAAACCAACAUUGGAUGAAAAUAUUCAAUUAAUGUGUAAACAUUUGAAUAAAAUGAUUGAAAAUGAUCCCUAUGUUAAUAUGAAAGAAGUUGUCGGUGGAUUUACAAUGGAUAGUAUCGUACAGAUAUCGAUGGGUAUAAAAAUUGAUUCAUUACAAGAUCCAAACAACCCGAUAAUUCAAAAUGCUCGAAAACUGUUUGGACAAGAUAUUUCUUUUAUGGAUCUGACUAUAUUUGCAUUAGCUUCGGCAUUUCCAAACCUAUUGAAAAUGAUCGGUUUGAAAAUACAACCAGAUGCAUUAAAUUAUCUGGCAAAUAUUUCCAAGGAAAUAAUCAAGAAAAAACGUGAACAAAUGAAAACUCGAAAUGAAACACAAAAAGCUAAUAAUUUUAUUGAAUUAAUAUUGGAAGUUGAACAAGAACAGAAACAAAUUUUGGAACAAAGUGGUAAACCAUUUAAACAUAUUAACAAUGAUGAAUUGAUUGCACAAUGUGUUACAUUUUUUACGGCCGGUUUUGAUACAACAACAUCAGCUAUAUUAUAUGCUGUUUAUUUAUUUGCUUCAAAUCCAGAUAAACAGGAAAAAAUUUAUAAAUCAAUAAUAGAAACAUUGGAAAAAUUAGCCAAAGAAAGAGAUGAUGGUUGUUUGGAUCCAUAUGAAUUGAUAACAUUUGAAUCAUUGAAUCAAUUUGAAUAUUUUAAUGCUGCUCUGAAUGAAUCAAUGCGUUUAUUAACAAUUGUAUUUUCUAUUGAUCGAAUGGCAACUGAAGAUGUACAUCUUGAAACAAGUGAUAAAAAAAUAUCGUUCAAUGUUCGUAAAGGUGAUAUAAUCCGUAUACCGGUAAUCGAUUUACAUAAUGAUCCGGAUAAUUUUUAUGAACCAAAAAAAUUCAUUCCCGAACGUUUCCUGCCGGAAAAUCAAUCGAAUCCGGAUAAACAAUUUAAUAAAUCAGCAUUUCUACCAUUCGGUAGUGGACCAAGAAAAUGUAUAGCAACAACAUUAGCAUUAUUUGAAGCUAAAAUGAUGCUCAUACAUUUUAUUCGUUUAUAUCGUUUAAGUUUAUGUUCAAAAACUAAAUUAGAUUUUCAUGUUAUUAUUGAUUCACUUAUACCAAAAGAUAUUAUCUUAAAAGUUGAUAAACGUUGAUUAAUAUUAAUAAUGAUGACAUUUGUUCAAUUUUUCAAUGUUUAUAACACAGUCAAAAAGAAAAGAAAAAAAUAUCAAUUUUAUCAUUUUUAAUGAAAUAAAAAUCAUUCAUGAAUGGAUGAUCAGUUUCAUUCAAUAAUCAAAAAAA